UGCCCUUUUCCCCAAGAAAGUGAGGUGGCUCUCCUUUUUUUCUCAAAAGGAAAAUGAAACAAUACCUACUUGUCUCAUUUUCAUUUUCUUUUAAUUUAAUGCGCUCUCCAUUAUUAGAGCAAAGUUUUAACAUAUUCAACCAACAAAGUAGAUGCACUGUUUCCACACAAUCAUUGAUGCUAAUGUUAGCUUUAAUUUGUGCAAACCUAACAUUGAGAACCUUAAUUCCAACUCUCUCUACUCUUCCCAUCUCACUUCUUUAUUCAUAAAUUACAGAUAUAUUUAUCAAUUUCGAAGCUAUGAUCUCUGAAAAUUCGGAAAAAUCUCUCCGAGAUUGGAAGCUGCCUCCUUCUUCAGCCUCAGAUGUUUUCGGUCGAAGCAGCAGUUCCUGUUUCUUCCCCAACUGCAGAGUCAAAACUGUGGAGAAAGAAAUCCCAUUACAAAAAGGAUUCGCGACGUUUCCCCUCUUCUCCAAAUUUCGCAAACGAGUGCAUCAAAUCAGUUACAGCUGCGUUCAUGUCGGAAUGAUUCAGGUGGGUUUGAAACCUACGAAGCUAGGUUCAGACACCUCUGCAAUAAUAUCUCUCCGCGACAAGAGAAUGAAAGAUCCUGCUUCUGUCAAGGGCAUGGUUGAAUCGAGCUUGCGCGAUGGCCCCAUCUAUUUCACCUACCACCCCACCUACUGCGUUGCUCUCUCUGACUCGUGCAUUUCAUUUUGCAUCGAUGUCGAAAUCGAAGGCGUAGCUACGCUUAUGUAUAGAUUCCACUAUCGAGUGGUGAAGAUGCCGUAUUUGGUGGAUUUCUCGAGUCGCUUUCCUGUGGAUGAGAGAGGGAAAACGACGCUGCACCUCACUGAUAUUGCUCGGAGCAAUCGCGUGGUGUCGAAGACGAUCUCUUGGGAUGGGGUGGGACGCGGCGGCGGCGGCGGCGAGGGAGAGGUGGGGAGCGCUGACGUUGACUGGAAGGAGACGGCGAGGGCGCAUGUGUUGAAGGUGGAUGUUCCCGGUUUCAGGAGAGAGGAAGUUAGGGUUGAGGUUGUAGGUGGUAGGGUUUUGCAGAUUAGUGGGGAGAGAAGCAACGAGGAGGAGGAGGAGGAGGAGGAGGGCGGCGUGUGGCACUGCGAGGAGAGGAGCGGCGGGAAGUUCCUCCGGCGCUUGAGGCUGCCGGAGAAUGCCAAGGUGGAUGAGGUGAAGGCCACGGUGAAGAAUGGGGUGCUGACGGUGACGGUGGCCAAGGAGGAAGUUGGUUUGAAAUCAGAAGUCAAGGUCGUUGAUAUUUCUGAUUAAGUUAAAGUUUUUAAAUUUCUUUAUUUACUUAUGAAGUUUAUAUAAAAAAAUUGUGAGUUUUUUAAUAAUUAAUGUCAUAAUGUGUGUUUGAUGGUCAGUGUUUGCAAUGAUUUGUAAUCUAAGGGGCGUUUAUUAUUUUGAAGGAUUAGCAAAAAUAAGUAAGAAUAAUUAUUUAUUUAUUUUGAUCGAUUAAAAA